CUCUUCGAAGAAUAUAUAGUCCCAUUUAUUAUUAUUGUUGGUGCUACAUUCUCAUCAAAAUUCCCACCCACCCCUUUUUUUACUUUCACAUCUAUACAUAUCUAAUUAAUCAAUCAAAUUCUUGGUUUUCAUAGAGGAGGAAAUCAGCAGCCAUGUUUAGAUCCUUUAGCACUCGGAGAGGCCCUUCAAAGUAUGAGAAAUUAGAGAAAGAUGGUGCUGCCAAUGGAAUUUCCAAUGAGGAGUUGAAGAGGAGCACAAGUUUGCCUUCUAACAGGGGAUUCAACUCCUCCAUGACUGGUUCAACAACCAUUGGUGACAUCAAUCUUCAGAGAAACCCCACUAAGAAGGCCAGCAGUAAUCAGAAGAGUACUCACCCUCAUCCACUCUUCGGCUUCUUCGAUCUUCGCCGGAAGAAGAAAACGACAGCUAGGCCUGAAUUCAUCAGGUAUCUCGAGUAUAUGAAGGAAGGAGGUGUGUGGGAUUCCAAUUCCAAUAAGCCUGUUAUCUACUACAAAUGAUCCAUGAACUUGCCAGGCUUUUGAAUUCAAAUGUAUGUUAAAUUGUUAAUGUUUCUUCCUUGCUAGCUCUGUAUAAAUCAUGAAAAAUCACAUUAAGAAGAUGUAAAUUAAAGCAAAUCAUAAGGGAUUAUUGUUGUUGUUGGUCCUCAAGUUAGUUAAUAUGAAUCAGUUGCAGACACGCAUGCUCAUAA